AUGGCAGAUCGCGCGGCGAAACGCAUGCGACGGAUAAGCACCGAGCAUGACGAAUCCGAGGGCGAGGGAUGGGACCAGCGAGGAAACAGCACCAGUGCCCCGACCGCUUCCUCGACCCGCCCUCGCCGCGGCACUGCCAACCAGUCGCCCGCUGCGGCUGUCAUACAGCGCUCCUCGCCCGAAGAGACGCGCCAGUCGAUCCACCUCACUGUCAAGUCAUCGCCCAAUAAGCUCAGACAGGCCACUGGUGGAGUUGUACCAAAGGCAGGCGUCAGCAGGCAGAACAUAGUCGCGGGCAAACGCGCAUCUAGGAGUAGUCGCGUAGUGCGGGAGAUCGACAGCGAGGACGACGAUGACGAAGAUGACGACGACGCCGAGGAGGUUGAUGCCAUGGACGUGGACGACGACUCCGACGAGCCAGACGCUGAAGGAGACGAGGAUGAGGACAUGGACGCCGAGGGGGAUGAAGACGACGACAUGGAGGACACACCAGCACCACGCAUCACCGUAAAUGCGAGCAGAGGGAUCCCCGUCCAGCCAGCGCCAGCCAUAAAGCUCACAAAGGCACAAGACAAGGUCGAGGCCAAGGAAAUGGCCAUGGACGACGAUGAUGACGACGACCUCAGCGACCCCGACUCGGACCUUGAGGAGGAAGACGCAGAGGGCGAAGACGAGGAUGCUGAGGGCGAGGAAGACGACGACAUGGGUGUCACACCAGGUGGAGACAUGGACGAGAUGGACAGCGACGAAGACCUCAGCCGCGACCAGACCCCCGAUGUCAGCAAGAUGACGAAGCGUCAACGCGCCCUAAUCAACGAAGAAGAAGACGGCGCACUCCUGGCUCUCUCAAACGAGGCACAGAAGAAGAAACACCUCACAGCCGAAGAGCACGCCAUGCGAAGGGCAGAAAUGGCAAGGCGGAGGAAGAACCUCAGCGAGAAGAGGAACGAAGAGGAGAAGCUCGACACCAUCAACCGUCUCCUCAAGAAACAACCCCCGAAGCGCGGCCGUAAAUCCAUGAUCGAGCUCAAUGAAGAUGGCGAAGAGAUCGAACAGGAGCCCGAGCGAGCGAACCCACUCUACGUACGAUACAUCCAGAACGCCAAGGGGACACAACUUGCUGUGCCAGACGAGUGGCUCCAAGCCCCUGUCGGCAGUGUCUUCUCUGGGGAGACGCAGAAAGGGACCCAGAAGCCUUUCAGUGGACGCAUGGUUGAGGAAGUUGCUUAG